GUUUGUAAAUUUCUUUAAAGAAAGCAUUGGCAUUUGGGAUAAUCGUCCCAAGACACUGAAAGACACCAGCUUUUUGGAUGUCAGCCAUGAUCAUACUUAACCAUCAUAAUUAGACAGAAAUGGGUAUCAAAAAAAAGUAGAAAUUCCGAAGAAUUAAAUAAAAAUAAUUAUCAUUGCCAAUUCUCAACACUUUGGAAAGGAAAAUGGAUCCACCUACUCAACACCACCAGUUCUUCCUACCUAAAUACCAUCAUCCAACGAUACAGUUUUCCAAGUUUCUAAAAUUUUGAACGAACCAGCGAAUUCGGUCGUACUUUUUAUUUCAUUUUAUAAUUCAUGUCGGGAAAUGCUAAUCUUAACGGGAAAAUAAAUGAACGAGAUGCCAAAGAAGCAGGUGAACUAAAAAAAGAGAUCCGGCUCAUAGAACGUGAAAUUCCUGAAAAACUUUUGGAGACCAUUCCAGAAGCAAGUCAAUAUGUUGAGUUACAGGAAAUUGAGAAACGUUUAGAUUCAUUAAUUGUACGGAAGCGCUUCGACUUGCAGGAUUCUCUUAGUCGUCAAUCAAAAAAGACCAGAGCAAUACGGAUUUUCAUUCGUAAGACCCUAGAAAAUCAAGCCUUUCAAACAUUUCAAGAAAACAAUGAUUCUCAACCUAAUGAUUUAAGUUCUCUUUCUGUUCCUUCUUGGACAAUUCAUGUGGAAGGAAGAUUGAUUCCUGGAAACGAUGAAGACAAGAAGCGAUUGGACGAAGUACCUUUUACAAGUUUUUUUAAAAAGAUUGCUUUUCAAGUACAUCGCUCUGAAGAAUUAUAUCCAGAAAGUAAUUAUGUAGAGUGGAAUAAGCUCUCAAAUGGCUCCAACUUGGCGAAUGAGCUCAAAAUAAAAAGAAAUGGAGAUCAGGAUGUGAAAAUAAGCAUACUUUUAUAUCCAGAUGAACAGCCUGAACGGUACAAAUUAUCCAGCUCAUUCGCCAAUCUUUUAGGUAUAAAAGAGGGAACACGUCCGGCUAUUGUGGCUGCUCUAUGGCAGUACAUCAAAUUCCAUCGACUUCAGGACUUGGAAGAGAAGCGUUUAAUUAACUGUGACAACAGGUUAAGAGACCUUUUUGAAACAGAUAGACUCUACUUUCCUAGAAUACCCGAGUUGAUGAACCGGUUCUUGGAACCGAUGGAUCCUAUAAAGUUGUCAUUUGAAUUGAACGUCAAUGAAGUUUCCGCUAAGCCGUUUGCUAUUUUCGAUGUUUUUAUUAAUGCAGACGAUCCUAAACAAUCCCAAAUUCGUACAUUUUUGACCAACGUGAUGAAUCAAAACGAAAUUAAAGUCCUUGACGAGAAAAUUUCAAGCUUUAUUGAAGCUAUCCAUUAUUCCAAAUCAAAACAUGAUUUUAUGCGACAAUUUUCAGAUGAUCCUGUGCUCUUCAUUCAUCGAUGGACUGAAUCUCAGAGUAGGGAUCUAGAGGUUAUUUUGGAUGGAUCUGAAGCAAAUUAUGCUGAAAGAAGGGACUCAAAAUACUAUCAACAGCCUUGGGUUGAGGAAAGUGCAUUUCAUUAUUUAAAUAGAUUAAACAGCAAAAAACAACAAGAAAUUCUUAAUGCAUCUUCUAGAAAAUAAAAUGUCAUGGAUUCUAACUACCAAUGCACCGACC